UGUAUCCAUGUGCUUUUCGUGUGAUGCUGCUGUGACGUUUGUGUACAGUUUUGUGAAGUGGUUUAUUCUAGUUUUCUAGCUUGGUUCAGGAUGGCGCAAAACAUACCGUCAUCCAGUUCACAGGAAAAGAAUGAGAGAGUUUCUAGAUACGAGUGUCCUGCAGACUUUGUGCCUCUUGAGUACAGCUGCAGAAAGAAAUGCGUGUUACAGAGAGGAGAAAACACAGAGCUGUGGCUCAUUAAAGCUCCAGCUCGCUUCAACCCCAGCAGCCUGGAAAAUUUGAAAAUGUCCUUAUCAGGCAUGGAGAUGAUUCAGUCUACUGAUGCGUCUCCUCAGAUCUACAGUGUUCUCUCGAGCCGCUCAGGCCCUGCUGACCUCCAUUUUCUCACCUCCAGUGGUAACAAACAAAAUACAUCUCUCUGUGCUUCUGGCUUUGCUGGAAUCCUCAAUAUCAGUGAAAGUUAUGGGGACUGCAGUGGGAAUCAGAGCCCUAUUCCUGUCCCAGCAGCCCCUGCACCAAGUAUCCCACCAGGUCUGAAGCAGCGCUUCCAGCCCUUUGGCAGCUCUACAGCUGCUCACAUGUUUCAGAGCACUACCACGACCUCUCUUUUACCACCAAAGAAAAUAAAGCUGCAGUCCGAAGAGACUGAAGAACAGAGUAAAAAGAAAAAGAAGAAGAAGAAGAAGAAAGAGAAGCACAACAUGGAGAGGACUGUUGAAGUGGCCCACAUUAAGCAGGAAAAAACAUCUUAUGAAUAUGGUGAGCUGCAAGUCCCAGAGCCAGUGGUGGAAGCUGGUACAGCAGAGAGAAAGAAGAAAAAGAUUAAGAAAAAGAAGGGAAUGAUGACACAGGAUGAGGUGGCUAGUGAUGGCAGUUUGGUAGUCAAACAGGAACCAGUGGACACAUACUUUGGUAACAUUGAGAGCCCUGUGAAAAAGAUAAAAAAGAAGAAGAAGAAGAAGGAGGAAGCAUAAGAUGAGUAAAUACUCGUCAUAACACUUUUUAAACUUUUAUGUCCAAUAUACGUUGUCUACAGCAGUCAUGUAAACUGUAUAAGGGAUGAAACAUUUCUAAAUAAUUUAUUGCAUCCUUUUUCAGCAUAAAUGAAUACUGAAAUCUAUCAUGCAGGAAACAGCAUCUUUAAAAAUAUUUUGCUAAAAACAGUUACUUGCUGUAUUCAACUGUGUGCAAAUGUUUACAUAGGCUUAAGACAAUUUAUCAAACCCAAUGACAUUUUUCAUGUCUCUACAGUACCAGUCAGAACUUUGGACACACCUUCUAAUUCAAUGUUUUUUCUUUUUUUAUUAAUUAAGAGACAUGGAUUACCACAGUUGUGGAAUAGGGCCAUUUACUGUAUUUGUAUUAUUUACUGUGUGAUAGUGUUAUAUAUAUAUAUAUAUAUAUAUAUAUAUAUAUAUAUAUAUAUAUAUAUAUAUAUAUAUAUAUAUAUAUGUGUGUAUGUAUGUUAUUCUAUAGACACGAGUGUUUCACUGGGAAAUACGCCACUUGUAUUUUUCAUAUGAACUUCAUAUUUAGUAACAAAUUUUCCAAUAUCCUCAUGAGUGAGGAAACCAAUGAAUUGUUUUGAUAAGUUUCGGUACUUUUUUUGUUUGUGUGAUGGCUUGAAGAUAUGAAGUUUAUCUUCCUGUGUUGGAAAACUCACCAAUUUUCAUAUGAAAUACAUCGCAGAUCUGAGUGACAUUUUAAAUAAUAUUGGCUGGCAUUGAGUGGUAUAUCAAAUAUAUUUUAUUCAGCUAGCAUGAUACUGAACUAGUCAAAAUGGUGAACCAGCUCAAAAUUAAAAUUCUUUUGAUUAACUUGUAGGUUUUUUUUUUGGAUGUGUCCAUAUAAUAUAAAGAACAUUACAUGGUGACAUGAAGAUGUGAAGUUUAUCUUCUCAUGUUAUAAAAUAUCACUUGUUCACUCACUCAAUGUAUCCAUU